UUAACGUUACACCUUUUGUGGCGGGAAUCUAGCGUGAUCAUAAAUCUAGUUGUUAGUGUGUUUCUUUUAUUCAGGUCGUUUGUGUUUCAGGUCGUUUGUGUUCGGCUGGGAUCAGUUCGCUAACAAAGUUCAGCUAGAAGCAGACACUGUGUCUCCUUUAGCAGCAGAAGCUAAUGACUUCGUCUGAAACUAGCUGAACAAAUCUUCCCAACCACAGGGCAGGUGCGGAGAAUGGCAAGUGGGAGAAGACAGUUGAAGAAAAAACACUUGGAAGAAAAACCUGAUAAAAAGGUUUUUGAUUUUACUCAAGAAGAUGACAAGAAAGAACUGAGUGCUUCAGAGGACGAAGCAAGAGAAGAUGAAACUCCAGUCGUGGAAAAGGUGGCAAAAAAGAGGCCUGCUGCUGACUUUGAGGAAGAGGGGGUCCCAUGUGGUGUUGGAAAUGAAGUGCAGAGUAUGUUGGAGAAAUUUGGAGCUGAUAUCAGCAAGGUGAUGCAGGCCAAGAAGAAGCGCCUCGAGUGUCUGACAAAGAACUACAUGAGGGGAAGCCAACAGAAACUGGAGCAGCUGUGGAACAACUACCAUGGCCAGAGGAAGAAGAUGACUCAUCAGUAUUCUCAGCAGGUGUCCUCGGCGCUGCAGCAGUGGGAGCUUGAAGCCCAGCGAGCUGAGGAGCAGGAGGAGAAGCUCAAUAAUCUGUUCCGGCAGCAGCAGAAAAUCCUGCAGCAGGCCCGAGUUGUCCAGAACCAGAAGCUGAAAACUGUCCGAGAGCUCUACGAGCAGUUUGUGAAGAACAUGGAUGACAUGGAGAAGAGCCAUGAUAUGUUCCUGCAGGGGGCACAACAAGAGCUGAGGAAGGAGAUGGCCACCCUGCAGAAGAAGAUCCUCAUGGACACGCAACAGCAGGAAAUGGCCACAGUCCGUAAAUCGCUGCAGUCCAUGUUGUUCUAGCCAGCUGUUACCACGGAAACCAUUUCAGUAUGACAAGUUUCUGCUGCAUGUUUGUUCUUCAUUACAGUAACAUUCGAGUUCAUCUAUUUCACAUUUUAAUAAAUAUUAUAACUGUUAUAAUUCUUCUGAUUAUUAUGUGUUCAUCUGUUCAUGAAUUUAUUUUAUUUUAUUAUUUUUUUUGUAUAAAAACUAAGUUUAUGCUGCUGUGGUUUUCACUUCAUGUUGUGUUGAGUCAGACAAACUCUGCAGUCGUAGAGUUCAAUAAAAAAUACAUAUUUGUGUACA